GGUUGGCCAACAUUUUCUGCAUCGCACCGGGUGAAGCGCUUUUCAAAAACAAUCGUGGAGGCACCGGCUCGCUGCCGCUGUCCGGAGGGAAACCCGCAAUAUCUGCAGCUUAUCUGAAGCCACAGUCGAGAUAUAGUGAAAUGAAAAUGGGCAAGUAACAGAAUAUACCUUUACUGACUUUGUUUGACUUGGUUUUGUUUGUUAAUUUAACGACAUUAACUCUCUUCGCUAUUACGGAGCUAGUUAGCAUAGCGCUGGUUAGCCUGACGGUAUUUGUUGUGUGAUUACAUUUCACAUGUUUACAUUUAAACUAAAGAGUUUGAAAAGUACAUAAAAUCAGUUAUAAUGUUUCUGCCCGGUUAGUUGCAACAGCCGUCGCUGUUUGAAAGCAGAGCAGUAAGCGGUCGCUGUGUGGCGCUGCUCAGUUAGAAGCAUGGACCAUAAGGAAACAGGGGAGGAGGAGGAGGAUGGCGAGGAGGCUGUGUUUGUUGAGAACUUCAGUGGUUCAGACGAUGAAGGUGCAGGAGCGAUGAAAAUAAGUGACCGGAAACAUCAGCUCAGCGGGGAAGCCUCUCCUCCUCUCCUCCUGGCCCUCUCCUUCUCAUCUGGACGGGCUCCGGAGGAGGACAGCAACGCCAGUCCAGCUUCUCCAGGAGUCUCCCAGGUGGAGGAGAUGGAGGAUGACAGUGAGCAGCCCGUCGAGGAGUGGAUGAUCCUGGGAGGAGAGGAGCAAGUGGGAGACUCGAGCAUUCAGUUGAACCUGAGCUACUGGAGGAGUUCUGAGGAGUGUGGAGCUAAAGAUCCAACUGUGAGUUCAGAUGAAGAUGCGUGGGCAGUAUCACUGAAAGACAAGGUUGGUGCUGUUCAGUCCCUGACCAGCCGUUAUUUCCCCACCGAUUGUAAUGUGAUCUGUAACAUCUGCAACAAAGCGGGACACCUUGCCAAAAACUGCUACCACAAGAAAUGUCCCACAUGUGUCCUUUGUGGGAUCCAGGGCCACAUCCAGAGGGACUGUCCCAGCCGACCCUGCCCCAUUUGUGGGCUGCCUUCACAUGGCCUCAGGCAUUGUGAAAGGCCCCCAGUAUGGAAGCAGUUCUGCCAGCGUUGUGGGAUGACAGGGCACCUCUCUGAUUCUUGCCCUGAUACAUGGCGACAAUACCACUUGACAAUUCGGUCGCAGGUUCCUCUCAGACCAUUAACAGUCGACAGGCACAAAUAUAAGAGAUGUUUUGGUCAUUGUUACAACUGCUCUAAGAGGGGACAUCUUGGCUAUGAGUGCACUAAAAGCAGGAUGGUCAGUGGGAGAUUUCCUUCACUGCCUUAUGUUUGCCACUAUGACACCAUGGAAGACAUCCUCCAGCAUCCUACCAGGAUGCAUGGAAAAAACAAAGACCAGCAGCACCCGUCUGAACCAACAGGGCCGCCUGGGGUGGAGAAUCAGCCAGUCCUUUGGAGGAGCAGGGCAAAGCAGGAGACAUGUGUCCGAGCUGGCAGGAGGAAGACGUGGCCAGAGCGGCGCAGAGAGAGACAGGACGUGAAGAAACUAAGGAGAGAGGCUCAAGCCAGAAGAGAAGAAGGUCUACUGGGUAGGUCUCGUCGUAAUUUUGAUGAUGAAGCAGACCCCUUCAAGUCCAACUUUCAUUGUCACCGGCAGUCCAGACCGCCACCACAGAUGAAAAAGAAGGAUGAGGCAGCUGGCAGAAGGAGCAGGAAGAGCAGAGAGGCCGAGAGGUGGAGGAAGAGAGGAGGGAUGAAACGUGGGGAUUUAUAUCCUCAUGGUGAUGUUGACAUAGGAAGUGAAAACCUGCUUUCCCCAAAGCAAAGAGUACGUCACAGAAAAAGAUAAAUAUAUUUUUUAAAUGACUGGAACUGGAUAACCAAAAGGUGAAUAGUACCUUAUUGUCUUUUAAUUAUUUUUUAUUUAUUUUCAGCAAAAAACACUGUAGAAUAGCGAUACAGUUAAACCAUUGUCAUCCUCAGUGCACCUGGUUUGAAUGUACCUUUGUACUUUCACCUUGUUCUGUAAGAAUGGCUAAAUAUUAUACUGGCAGGGCCACAAUUUCAAAUGGUCUGUUUUGUAUUUUGUGAUAAGCUUUUACAAGGUGUUUUUUGGCUCUGUUGUACAAUAAAGCACAUGACAUUGGGUCAGAGGCACAAACCUUUGAUUGUCCUUGGAUUGCAAAGCUUACAAUAUUUUUUUAUUGUAGACACGACAAUAAACAUGCAUUUCCAGGCAAAAAAAAAAAAGGGUCAUCUG